AUGGAGUCAGUAUUAGACAUAUGUGAGUGUGAUGACCGCAACAAAGUACGGUUCGCCGUACAUAUGUUUGAAGCUGAAGCCCUUCACUGGUGGAACAUUGUGGUCCGAACAGAAGGAAAAGAAAAGGUUAAGGAGAUGAAGUGGGAGGAGUUUAUUCAUAAGUUUCUUGCUAAGUAUUGUCCUCCCAGUGAGACUAAGCAACUGGAAGUGGAAUUCUUACAGUUAAAAAUGGGAAAUAAAACCUAUCGAGAGUAUGUUUCUCGUUUCAACGACAUAUCUCGACUGGUUUCUUAUUUAGCAUUGACCGAGGAACAACUGAUCAAUAGGUUUAUUUGGGGUCUACCCUCUGAAAUGAGGGUGUUUAUCAAAUCCGAAUCCCCCAAGACUUUUGCAGAAACUGUUGAGGCUGGCGCCGUCAUGGCUGCCGAGAUGAUUCUGCGGCAGGCUGAAUCUCCCGCGCCAAAAAGGAAGUGGGAAGAAAGAAAGGGGGACACCCGGAAUAACAACUUUAAAAGGCCUAAAACAUUUCCUCAAUGUCAAAUUUGCAAACGCUUUCAUACGGGGAAUGUCGUUUUCCUUGUCCAAAUUGUGAAAAGACGGGUCAUGCUCUUCAAGAAUGCAAGGAAAAGAGAAGUGUUUCAAAUGUGGAGACCCUAA